UCCGCGAGCGGAAGCCGGAAGUAGCCGCAGGCCGCAGAUCCGCUCGGCGCCCCAAAAAGCGGAGCUCGCGCCCCGUUCUCUGCUCCCCGCGACCAUGGCGGGGGUGAAAGCCCUUGUUGGAUUAUCCUUCAGUGGAGCCAUUGGUCUAACGUUUCUUAUGUUGGGAUGUGCCCUAGAAUAUUAUGGUGUUUACUGGCCCCUGUUUGUCUUGAUAUUUUACAUCCUUUGUCCCAUUCCUCACUUCAUUGCAAAAAGAGUAAGCGAUGACACUGAUGCAGCUAGCAGUGCCUGCAGGGAAUUGGCCUAUUUCUUCACAACUGGAAUUGUUGUUUCUGCCUUUGGAAUGCCUAUAAUCCUUGCACGUGUUGAAGCGAUCAAGUGGGGAGCCUGUGGUCUUGUGCUAGCUGGCAAUGCAGUCAUUUUUCUUACCAUUUUAGGCUUUUUUCUUGUAUUUGGUAGAGGAGAUGACUUUAGCUGGGAGCAGUGGUAGGACUUCACUAUGAUGUUGGUGAUAUGCAACAUACAUGUUUAUAUACUGUAUAUAUGUAUGUGUGUACGUUGGAAUGUUUGUGCCUGCACAUGUAGCCUUAUGCUAUCCGAACAUAAUAUGCUUUUUUUACACUUGUAUGUCAGCCAAAUUAAGGGGAAAAGAGCCUUCUGACAGCUUUUUAAAUAGGUACAGAAUAAGCUGAAAUCACAAUAGCUAAAUCUGUCCUUAAAUCUUUGUUUACACAGUGUGCACUAUUUUAUUGAUUUUUAGUUUUUAAUUUUGAUAUAAUACCAUUGGAAUGUAUGUUGGAGUCAGCUAACAUAGCUGACAUUUUUAACAGCAUAAUCAAAAUGGGCCUAUAUAUUGACUGCACAGUUUAGUCUCCUGUUUUCGCUAACUUGAUUAACUUCUGUUAUGUGACUAGGAUGGAACAAAUAUUUGCCUUUGUAUUCAAAUAAUUGUAAUUUUCAGUAGCUUGUUCUCUCAAUUUAAAAAAAAAAACCCAUUGAAUACCUAUAAUAGCUGCUGCCAAGUAUCUCAUGUCCUAUCCACGAUAAAGGGAGAGUGAGAAGUAUUGGAUGUUCUAGGAGGCUAUGUUCUAAUUUCUCUGCAUGAUCAGGCUCACCUUUGUAUUAAUGGCCCAUAGUGCACUACCAGAAUCACAUCUGGUCUUGGAUCUCACUACAACAGGUAAAGGGAAAGUAGAUUCAACAAACACCCUCCCCUAUACUCCUAUUCAGCAUUCAACAAAUAAAAACGGAAAAUAUUCUGUUUUCAUCCCACUCUAGUUGUAACUAUGGGUGUAUGUUGGGGGUAAUCUAAUGAUAACUCCAUUUUAAUGUCUUACCGUGUUAUAAACUGACAUUACUUCUUACCGUAUAUACUUGUUCAUAUGCUGAAUUUUUUUAGUAAAAAAGGGAAGCAUCAGAGACGGGGGUCGGCUUAUGAAUGGGUAUGGAGAAGUACAGCCCCUCCCCCCCAACAGAGGGAGCAAGGAGAGGCAGCACAGCCAGCAGAGACAGAAGGGAAGAGGCGGGGCCAGAGUCUCUCCACUUCUGGCCACACUGUUCUCCCCGCAGCCUCCGAAGCAGCUGCAGCUCCGGGGCUGGCAGGCUGCAGCCGUGCCGCUUGGCCCCACCCCCCAGAGCAGGCAGUGACCGUGCAGCCCGGCCUGCCGGAGCACGCUGCGGCUGUGCCACUCGGCACCAGCCCACUGGAACAUACUACGGCCGCACCGCCCGGUCUGGCCCGCCGGAGCAGGCUGCGGCCGCGCUGCCCAGCCUGCCGGAGCAGCUCCAGCCAGGCCAGAGACAUCCUCCCCUGGCCUUCCCCAGAUAAGGUGGGAAGGGAUGGGAUGGGGAGAGUGUGGGGGUCCCGGGCUAGGGGUGGGGUCAUGUGCAGGGUGGUCACAGGGGUUACGCCCCUGACUCCCAGCUUCUCCCCCCCAAAAAAUUUCCCCACCAGUUGCUGUCCCAGCCCGUCAGGGUAAGUAGCUGGCGCGCCUGGACACUUUGUUUACUUAGGUUUACCUCCGUGCCUGCGGACGCUCGAGGUAAACAAACCAUCUCGGACCACCAGCGGCUUAUCCCGAUGGCCCGGGAGCCAAAGUUCGCUGACCCCUGAAUUAUAGGGUUGGCUUAUAAAUGGGUUAUAAAAAUUUUCCAUUUUUACUUAUCCAUUUUGGGGGGGUCAUCUUAUAAAGGAACUGGCUUAUGAUAGAGUAUAUACAGUAUGUAUAGUUUCCCCACCAAAGAAAUAUUUCAAACUGCUGUCAAAGUUUAUAAUCAGAAUGCAUUGAACACCUCUGUUGUGUUGUGAGUCAAAUGCCUGAAUUACAAAGAAGUGAAAUGUUCCAGUUAGACAUCUUUAAUACAGCAGAUGCUACAGGACUCGGCAUUGCCUCAGUUCUUGUCAGUUUUUUAAAAAUACUUUUACGCACACCCUUACUUUCAACUCUUGUAAGAAAAAAUGGUAAUAUUCAAACAGUACAAUAUAUUUUUAAAUGUCAUUAUUCUAAUAAACAGUCAUAUAAUCACACUAUUAUUAUGUUAACACAUUUUACUACUAUGAGAUAGAGAAUCCUAAAUGAAGGAAGCAUUUAAUUUUGUAGAGGUUCAUUCUGGCAUGACCUUAACUUUAGAGGCAUAUGUAAUACAUUUCAGUACACCUGAAAAGGAGCAAGGAACCAGUAACUCUAAUUUAUUUUGUCAUAGAAAAAUAGGUGCAUCAAAUUAUGACAUUUGCAAUUAGAAGAAACUGAAUAUUUAGAUUGGGUAGAUAUUUUAACCACUAGUUUUGUGGAAUAGCAAUUUGAGAAGGAACAAUUUUCAUGCUUGCAUAUUUUCAGCUUAUUCAUUCGUAACUGAAUGUUUCCAGCCUGUGAUGAUCUGGAGAAUAAAAUACCAUGAAUAAAUAUGUAACAGCCUUGAAGAGAAUUGAUGUGAUGCUAUCUCCCCUAACCUAGAAAAAUAUCUGCACAAGCAUUUGAUGUCCAAAGUAACUUUUCACAAUUGACAUCCUGUGGAGUUCCACACAAAUAAAGGCUUGAAAAGUAAUUACUGCUGUGUCAGUACUCUGAGACUGUGGACUUUGGUUUAUCCUUCUUAUCAGUGAAAAAAAUGUAAACUGAAAAUAUUUUUGAAACACAAAUAAUGCAAUGUACUCAAAUUUCACUUUGCUGAUAGGAAUAUGUUGCUUAUCAUAUAUUUCACAUAGGUAUAGUUUUAAAUUUGUUUAGACACAAAACCGUUAUUUUAUUUUCCAGGUUGAGACUGCACUAUAUUGAUGUGAUGAAAGUUUCCACAGCACUGACGAUUAGAUGCAACAUUUGCUAUUUGCUGCAUUUUCAGAUUGAAGGAAACUGAAAAUCAUUAAGUGUAUCUAAAACACAAUUUUUCUGGUUAAUUUUCCUGGCCUCUUUAAAAUGAUCAUUGCGAGGCUUCACUGUAGGACAUUUAGCAGAAGAGUAUGAUCUCAAAAAUCAGCAAACAUUCUUGUGUUUUUGUUCAUGACUUUCACAAUCAAGGCCACUAUCCUUAUGGGUAACAUUUGUUGCACCAUGCUGACUUUAGUGUAGAAUGUUAUAAUUGUACGCUAUUACUCAGGGAAAUUAAGUGUUCAAAUUACGAGUUGAGCUGUUUGAGGAAAAUUCACUUUUGGUUUAUCUGUUUUGCCUGGAUUUUGAAGAAGUAAUUUUUUGUAUUACAGAUGGCUGUUCUUUAACUCCACCAUUUAGUGGAGUGAAAAAUAAGAAAAGGAUAGUUUAAAGUACAAAUGGUGUCGGAUUCUGCAGAUAACUAAGCUUGUGGGUUGCCCCAUUAAAUUUAACGGAACUAAUGUGAGUAAAUGAUUGGUCCCUCAUGGUUUAAAUGAAUGUUUCAUAUUUCACUCUUUGGACUUGAUACACAGAAAUGAAUAGGAUGCACUAAACACAUUUCUAAGUUACCACUCCAGAGUUUUCUUUAAGGUGGUGGUGAUUUUUUUCUUUUACUCAGAAAGGGGGGUUUGUUGUAUGGGCAGGUGCUCUAUCUAAAUAUAGAGAUUGUGAGACAUUAAUUGUCAAUAUCCCCUUCUUAAUCAGCAUCAGAAACAAUCUUUUAAAAAGAAAACAAGGUCCUACUGAGGCUGGUCUAAUGCUUUGAAGACUUUUUGUGUUGCACCUACAUGCCAUCAGGGUGGGUUCAUUACAAAUCAGUAGAUAGCCGUUGGGUGGAAACAGUAAACAUUUUUUUCUGAAAAAUUGCUACAUACGCUAAUUCUCACUGUCGGUUUCCAUGCAAUUAUCAUCAUAGUUUUUCCUUUUUUAAAAGAAGUUGAAAUAAUAAUUAAAGUCAAUAAAGAGUUUAAAUCUCAGAAUACUCUUCUGGCCUCCUUAAAUCUAAAUUUGCUUGAAUUAAUCUUUAGUUAAAUUAUCAGAAGUAGGAAGAAAUAGCCUUCAGUUUAUUUGUCAAGAGCUGUGCCCAUUCACAAGAGUCUGGUGCACUGACAGCCACUACUAGGCAUAAGAGCAUCCAUUUAUUGCAGUCUCCUUCUAAUGUUUUUUCUUAUAUGCUAGUGAACAUAUAUGCAAAGUGCCUUAGCCUCAAGAUUUAUUGUAGGUUUGAGAAGGCAUAGACAUAAAAACACUAUUUUGCAAUCGGAUUGAAAAACUAUCAUCACAUAAUAUAUAUCUUUACUGUUGACUAAUAGCCUUUUCUGUAUUUCAAAAUACAGUACAACUUUUGUAACGUUUGUAAAAGAUUUCUUUUCCAUAAUUGCCAGGUUACUGAAAUCAUUAAUACAUUUGUAAAUUAAAGCAUUCUCAACUUUUUUCAAGUUGUCUAAUAAAACUGCCUAAAUGUAGAUGACACUCAA